UAUGAUACCCACAUUCCGAUUUCAAACACUGAAAGAACUGUUUUGACUGUUGGAUCUGCAUUUGCUGCACUUGCCAACCCGCUGCGAGGAGACAUGGUAGCAACAUUAGGAGAAACAACAGGCCACUUAUUUUUAACCAGGAUUCGAGAUCAAAUGCUUCAGUCAGACGAAGGACGCCGUAUUUUACGAGAACGACCAGUAAUUAAUACAAAGACAAUUGAUUUUGAUAAGCUCAAGGAAGAAUGUGCACCAGGUACAUUUGGACAUGCCUAUGUUUCUUGGCUUGAGGGUGAAGGUGUUACACCUGAUACUCGCUGUGAGGUUCAAUUUGUAGACGAUGAGGAGCUAGCCUAUGUCAUGAACCGAUAUCGUCAAAUUCAUGAUUUCUUUCAUACAUUGACUGGUCUGGGUGUUACAGUAGAAGAAGAAGUCGCAUUAAAAUGGUUUGAGUGGGUGCAGACAGGUCUUCCCAUGACAAUGCUCGCCUCCCUCUUUGGCCCACUUCGAUUGACUUGGCCAGAGCGCAUCAGGCUUUACCGAAACUAUGUACCGUGGGCACUUCAGUGUGGUGCGUCGUGUACACCUCUUAUGAACGUCUACUAUGAACAUAAUUUUCAUAUGCCACUUGAUGAGUUUCGCAAGCAACUUGGAAUUAUUUUACCUCCUUCCACGACUAACUUACAAUAA